ACCGUGAAUGAACAAACAAAUCCUCUGCUUCCUGAAGAGGUUAUCGUUGGAGUUGAAUCCUUAUUCUUUGGAUCCUUCUUUGUCUCAUGGUAUUGUGUUCUUUGUAUUAUCAUUUUAGUGUGACAGGUUAUCGUGUUUUUCAAACAAUCUUUUGUGGAGAACGUCACGUUAACAAAAUUAUGUCACGAAAAAAACACAAUGUAUCGUAUAUCAAACCGAACGAACCAAAAUUUCUACGAGAGCUGAAGGAACAAAUUGGAUAUAAAGAAGGUCCUACUGUUGAUACGAAAAGAGAAGUUUUACCAAAAGUAUCCGAUGAUGAAAGGGAAGAAUUGGCUGAUGAGCAACCUGUUGUUGUUGUGUUAAAUUCUGAUGAUUUAACGGCGGAAGAAGCAGAUGCUUUUAAAAAACAGAAAAAAAAAGAAGAAAAUAAUGCCCCAGCUGAUCUAUCUAAGAAGAUUAUAUUUCGCAAGACUAAAAUAGCAGAAACAGAUUCUGAUACAAUUAUCACAGAUAAACCUGUGAAAAAGAAAGCAAAAAGAGAAAAGCAAAAAAUCGUCCUAUCCUUCGAUGAUAAUGACAAUGAUGAGGAACGAUGAUGGAUGGCGUUGAAUGUUGAAUUCUUAAUAUUUG